UUUACAUUCAUUGCGUAGGUGGACGGCCAUGUUCGAGCAGACCGGGCCACAAGCCGCAAACUUGCUGGUGCUCAAGAAUAUUUUGUGUGUUGUCUUUGGUGUAGGGGUAUUGUGGUCCAUUGUGCUAUCAGGAUAUGAGCUAGCCUCCUCCUUGCAUUCCCUCAGAGCCUACAGCCUGUUGGUGGUGCUGCUGGAGGGAGUCUGCCGCUACUUUACACCCGCCACCUCCCCUGAGAUAAGCGGGACAGCCAAAGCCAAGACCAAGAAGCAUUCCAAAAUUGUUGAGAUCUUCUUGGUGGCAGUGCUGAGUGUCUGCUCUGUGCUUGCUACCCAUGUGGUGGUUGUGCUGUUUGGUGCAUAUGUGAUUGAGAAUAUUGAGGCAACCUUUACACUAAGUCUGCUAGUGGCAAGUUUAGCUUUCAUCAGACCUCUCAUUACGCUUGGCCGCUCUGCUCUAAUAAGUCUUUUGGAAAGGCAGAACAUUGAGAGUGAAGUGAAAAGCUUUGCUGUGCUGGUAACAACCUGGGCAGGAGCUUUUCCCAUUCCUCUUGACUGGGAUCGACCUUGGCAGGUGUGGCCUCUUACUUGUAGUAUUGGAGCAAUUCUUGGUGAGCUUGGAGCCUCUGUGUACUUCCUGAGUGCACUUUGGAACAAGGGAGGAACACAGUGGAAGAAUAAGGCAAGGUAAAAAGGAAAACAGUUGAAAAAUAAUAGUUCCUUUUAGACUCCUAAAGUGGAAGACCUUAAAUGAACAGUGUGAGCAAAGAGUGCCAGGAAUUAAAAGAUCUGUAUGACAGAUGUUUCAAUCAUUGGUAUAGUGAGAAGUUUCUCAGUGGGCAGACAGAUGACACCAGUUGUGAACCAGUAUUUAAGCAGUAUCAGCAGUGUGUAAAGAAUGCACUUAAAAAGUUAAAGAUUGAAAUCCCAAAAAUAGAAGAACCUUCAGCAAAUGAUAAGCCAAAAGAGUGAAAAAUAUCUAUGACAGAAAUUUGAAACAUACGAAGAAUUACUACUUGAAGUGGCCUUGUAGUCAUUUGCAGUCUUGGAAAUCUCUUAUAGUGUUAAUAUAUUUACAAUGUUUAAGAAGAUCCGCAGUUCGAUGAGCCACUACUACCGGCAGUAUGAACUCAACACAGCUAUAUAUAUGCUGGAGCCAAGAGAGAAAAUGGCUAUGAACUUAUUUUUCUUUUCCAUUGUUGGCCUCAUUACAUAUUCAUCAUUUUUCUACUUGCCUCAUUACACUUCCACAAUGCUGGCUUUCUUUGGUCUCAUUGAUAUAGGUAACUGAAUAGGAAUGUGAUUCAACUAGAUGCAUGGCCAUUUUAUUCUAAUCCAACAAAUUUUGUUGUGAAUGCAAUUCUUAAUUCUCUCAUAUAUGUUGAUUCACCAUGGCUUCAGAACAAAAGCAAGUAAGGAUAUUGACAAAGAGUGAACAGAGACAAACUAUCAAGGGAAUUAAGAAGCCUAAGAAGAACAUUAUUAAGAAUUACCUUGAGAGCCCAUUUGCUCUUGAGUGGCCAGAACUCACCACUGGUGAUGAGGAAGCAAUCACUGCUUUGAUACAGAAGACCUGCAAAGGGCUGAGGAAGUUUGAAUGCAAGCCCCCAUGGAAACAGGUGGCCAAAUAUAAAGGAGCUGAAAGAAAAUCAUUUUUAAAGGAAUGUCAUAUAAAGUUUCAAGAGAAUCUAGAUCCUGAUAGUAAAAGACAGAAUGACAAGAGGAAAGAAGUAUUGUCUCAUCUGAUAUUUGGCUACAAUGCAGUGAUGAGAGCCCUGGAAAAAGAUGGUGUUGCUGGAAUCUUGGUAAAGAAAAAUGUUAAUCCUGUUUUUGUUACAAAGUCUUUCCUGCCAGGGUGUGCCAAAAAAUGCAUUCCAUUGGUUCCUUUGAAUGAUUUAGAUAUGUUACUGAAAGACAAAGAAACACUCAGCCUUCCCCAUGCAUGCAUGGUUCUUGGAUUGAAAACAUCUGUCAAAGAGGAGUCGAACUUGUUUUACCCAUUAUAUAUCAAGAUGUGCGAAGCUCUUUGUGUGGAAGAGGAAGAUAUGAAUGAAGAUGUUUGUGAAAAUGAUGAGCUAGAAAAUUCUGCUGCUGAUGGCCUGGAAAAUAAGAAUUCAAAAUGUUCUUAUAAACUCUCAGAAACUGAAAUAAGUUCUUACCACCUAAAACGAAAUGGUAAGGGCACACGAGCAUUCAUUCCAAAUGCACAAGAGGUUGAAGUUAAGGACUCAGAUUGGAAUAUGGAUUUUGUAGGUUUCAAGUCCCUGGAAGAUCAGAAUAACAUAUUUAAACAAGAUGAAGCAAAAUCAAGAAAAAAAGUUCAGGACAAAUUAAGGGAUUUCAAUGGAGCAGCUUCAGUCAGUGAAAACGUAGACUUUAGCAGCAUGAUUCUUAUUGAUGCUUCUGGAGAUGAAAACCUCUCCGUAGAAACUGACAAGGUGAAGGAUAAAGCCUCUGAUGUAGAGAAACUUCCAAACAAAGUUUCUCCCAAAACAAAGCGAAAAGCAAAAAAAGUAGAUGUUGAUCGUUAUAUUUCUGCGAAAACCAAACGACUGAAAGGAAACCCCAAUAAGAAACCUAAGCAUGAAAAGUUCUGAGAUACAACUUACAAAGGAUGUUGCAGUCUUCAAGUCUGUUUUGAUGGGCUGCACCUUGGAUGAUGAAGGUAGAUGCAGGUGUAACAUAUAUUCAGAUUUGUUUUGGUUCUUUUCGUUAAGUGUUUUAUUAGCUUAUUGUUGUAAUUAUAGGAUUGUUACACUACUUUUUGAGUGCACAAGACAUAAUCUGUAAUCAAAUUAAAUGAGUUUGAUGUUGGUAUGCAAUUGCUAAUGACAUUCCAGUUCUUAUUUUUGAGGUCUUCAACUUAGUACUUGUAUUACCUUCUGAAUGGUGUUUAAUAUGAGUUUCAUGUAUAUUUAUAAUUUAAGUACUGUGAAACCAUUAUCAGAGUGUAAUUGAAAUUGCCAGUACAUAUGUAAGUAUAUUAAAUUAUUCUAAAUUGUC